UCGCACGCAUAUGCUGCCGAAAGCUAGACUGUGUAUGGGUGACCAUUUCAAGCCAUCAUAACCACCAGCAUCACCAGUCUGGCAACUCUAUUGCGUCUUCUUUUGUCAACCACUUGCUCUCCCACUUUUUUCCCAUUCUGGUUGACGACAAGCCUUGGUCCAUCAGCAACAUGGGCUCAAUUUCCGAAGUAAGCGAUUGGCGCACUCCUGCACAAAUGGAACUCGAGGCUUUGGUAGUUGGCGGCGGCUUUAGUGGCGUCUACACUCUAUAUAAGCUUCGCGAGGCUGGAAUUAAUGCCAAACUCUUCGAGGCAAGUAAGGAGCUCGGCGGCGUGUGGAACUACAACAGGUAUCCCGGCGCACGAGUUGACUCGGAAGUACCCUUCUACCAAUACAACAUCGACAAAUUAUGGAAGACCUUCAAUUGGAGCGAGAGGUUUCCAGGACAUGAAGAGCUGCGAAAGUAUUUCCAUCACGUAGCGACUGUCUUAGGGCUAUAUGACCACAUUGCUUUCGAGCAAGACGUUUGUGGAUGCGACUUCGAUGUCGAGACAAAGCGGUGGAUCGUGAAGACCGGCACCGGUAAAACGGUCAUGUGCAAAUACCUGAUCGUGGCAGCUGGGUCGUCAUACAAGAAACACUUUCCGACAUUCCCGGGACUUGGAGACUAUAAGGGAGUCCUUCUCCAUGCAGCAGAUUUCCCAGAGGAAGGAUUUGAUUUCUCUGGAAAAGAAGCCGCGAUCGUGGGACAAGGUGCUACUGGGCUCCAGAUCACCCAAGAGGUUUCUAAGAAAGCAUCCAACUUGACAGUCUUUAUCCGAACACCAAACAUGGCGUUCCCCAUGUACCAGCGGAAGCUGACGCCCGAAGAACUGAACGCGGGUAGAGCACUCUAUCCACACAUUUUCAAGAUUGCUCGUGAGUCAAAGUCGGGCCUCCCUUAUUGGACAGAUGGGAAGAGCGCAAAGGACACUCCCACCAAGGAACGUGAAGAGCGAUGGGAAGAGCUCUGGACACGUGGAGGGUUCAACUUCAGUAUUGGCGGAUAUCGCGACUUUAUCUUCGAUCAGGAAGCGAACGACCUGAUGUAUGACUUCUGGAAGAAGAAAGUCCGCGCACGGAUAUCGGAUCCCAAGAAGCGUGAUAUCAUGGCGCCAGAAGUCCCACCCCAUCCGAUAGGAACCAAACGACCAAGUUUGGAGCAAGACUACUACGAGUGUAUCGAUCAGGCCAAUGUCCAUGUUGUGAGCCUUAAUGAGACCGGGAUCGAAAAGUUUGACGAGGAAGGAAUGGUGACAACGGACGGGAAGCACAGGAAGUUUGAUGUGGUGGUGUUGGCUACGGGUUACGAUUCGAUCACCGGCAGCUUCACUGGAAUGGGUCUGAGAGACCUGGACGGACAUGAUAUGAAGGAAAGAUGGAAAGACGGUGUUCGCACUCAUUUGGGUAUGACAUGUCCUGGUUUCCCGAAUAUGUUCAUGAUCUACAGUCCUCAAGCACCAACAGCUCUGGCAAAUGGCACCACCAUCAUAGAGGCACAGGGCGACUGGGUCACGUCAACAAUUGUCAAGAUGAAGAAAGAGGGCGUUGAAACCAUCGAGGCUCAGCCUGAUGCCGCCGAGAAGUGGGCCAGUGAUAUUCAGGAGAUGAAUGGGAAAACUCUCUUCCCCUUGACCAAUUCGUGGUACAGGGGAGCGAACAUUCCAGGGAAAAAACGCGAGCAGCUAAACUACCUCGCCGGCCUGGAUGUCUAUGAGAAAGCUUGUAAAGAAGCCCAAAAGGAGUGGACUGGCUUUAAGACGGUGCUAGCGAUAUAGGGGUUAGCUACGGGCAAGAAAUAGGCCAGACUCCAAAGUGUGCCGUGCCUUUGCACAGACUUCCAUCCGGCUAGGAGAGCCGAAUUCCACCUCGGC